ACGCACAUUGUUUUCACUGUUAAACCGGAAACAGGAAGUAGUCGAACGCUACUCAGCGUCGUUGUUAAAGUUUAUGUUAUAACAUGAGCUUUAAAGAUGAAUUUGUUUGCGUUUUUAGAUCGAAUUAAGGCCGACGUGGAAAAUAAUGAGUUUAAGCAGAAAGAUGGACUGUCUGUAAUUAUUUAGACGUCAACAGCAGUAGCUAUUUAGUCUUUUCGCAAGACAACCACUAAAAUCUGAGUCGCAAUGGGACGAGGAAAGGGUCGGGGCAAAGUUGGACCUCCGAUGGGUCCUCCAGGGGAAGAAGUUCCACCCUUUCACAUAGGCCCAUAUGGUUGGGGGCCUCCCCCACCUGGAGGCUGGGGCCAUAUCCCUCCUAAUGACUGGCCUCCACCACCUGACUGGGGACCACCUCCUGCGGGAGAAUGGAGACCUCCACUGCCAGGUAGAUGGGGUCCGACACCAGAUGAUUGGGAUCCACGAGGGCCUCCCCCUCCUGGCUGGGGACCCAGAGGGCCUCCACCACCGGACUGGGGGCAUCAUCCUGAUGACUGGCUGCCUCCUCCUGAUGAUUGGCAUCACUAUCCAGAUGAAUGGAGAAUUCGACACGAGGAUGAAUGGAGGCGCCGAUAUGAGGAUGAAUGGAGGAGGCGAUAUGAGGAGGAUUGGGGACCUAACGUGCCCCCUCCACCACAUGGCUGGGGGCCUCCAGGAUGGGGCCCUGAGCCCGGUCCGCCUAUUCCACCCCCAGUUGUCCCUCCUCCUGUAAUCCCCCCCCCUCCUGUAGGGAUACCUCCUCCAGAUCCUGUGGCCUUACCACCACCAGUCUUCCCUCCAGUAUACCCUCCAUUUGGGUUUCAAGCGGCUCCUCCAAAUUGGACUGGAGAGACACUCUGCCAAGAACAAAUGCCCAACCCGCCUCCAGACCAGCCUGAGUGGAUCAAGGCAUUGAUUUCCGCUCCAAUAACAAAUUCCACUUCAGAUGAAACUUCCAAUGAGAAGACAGAUGCAGCCAAAGCUCCUGUUGCAGAACCUGAAGCCACACCAAAACCUAAACCUGAAUCCAGCAGUGUUGCUAAAGCACUAGGCCUACUAGGAAAACGCAAGUUGGAGAAGCCUCCACCGGGCAGGUCCACUGGGACCAUCUCUUUUAUUGGGCCAAAAUUUGGCUACAUAGAGGGAGAAGACAUGGAAAAAUUUACUUUCAGCUUUGACGCCUUCUUUGGGAACCCCAAAGCCAUGAUACCUGGGGUCAAAGUUCACUUUACCAGCUGCACUGACAAGCAGGACACCCAGAUUGCAACAGAUGUUAAAGUGGCUCCCGGUGGGACAGAGAAUGUGGACGAAGAGAUUUAUGAGGCUGUUGUCAGUCAGCCAAUCACAGAUGCAGGGCCUGGCAAACGUCAGUACCCAGGUCAGGUCCACGUGAACCUGCGGCCCUUGCGGACCAACCUGACCUUUGAGAAGAAGGACAGCUCAGUGACACUGCUGAAAGAUGACCAGGUUCUGAUCAAUGUUCUCACCGACAUUGUGACAGAGAAGAAACGAGCUACUAACAUCAAACUCAAAAUCCCUGCAACCUUCGACCACACACAGGAGACACGUGAGAAGGGUUUAAUUAUCAGCCUGCAGGGAGAAAAGGGCGUAAUCAAGUCAGAAAACCACGGCGAACUUCCCUUCGAGAUCCAGGAAAAUUUGAGCGAUGUGGAUUUCACAGCAGAGGAUGUAAACGAGGAGGUGGAGUUUACGGUCUUGGACCUAUCAAAUGUUAAAGUGGCCAUCAGGAUCAAGAGAGUGAAGGAGCCACUGCUCCUAAUGCUGGAGCCCACUCCCACCAAAGUAGAGACGGAGAAAUCCAAUAAAGACAGCAACUUGCUAAACAACACAGGGAAAAAUGCAAAGAGCAAAAUGGAAGUUCCAUCCAACAUGGUGUUGGAUGAGGAGCUGUACGAGGGCAUUGUCAGCCAGCCAAUCAUUGAGCCCACAUCAACAACACAGGGAUACCGAGGGCAGAUCAACGCCAACAUAGGGCCGCUCAGAACCAACGUGACGUUUCACCACCAAGACAGCAGUGUGACACUCCUGAGGAACGACCAUGUUCUGAUUAACCUGCUGAUUGACACCACGACACAGAGGAGGAGAGCAGCAAACAUCAAACCCAAAGUUCCGUUCACAUUCUCCUACACGCAGGAGAAAAGAGAGACGGGCACCAUCACCUCCCUUGGUCCACUAGAGGGCCUAAUCGUGUCAGAAGCCCAUGGUAAAAUCCCCUUCAAAGUCACCGACAACUUCAGUGACACAGAAUUCGAUGUGAAUGACAUCAACCAGCAGGUGGAGUUUACUACAGCAAUAGUACAAUCAAAAAGGCAAGCGAUCAGGUUGAGAAGAAUGAAAUGUGUGGAGGACAAAAUCCUCACAGAGCAAAAGAAACGGCUGGAGGAGGAGAAAAAGAAGAAAUUGCAGCUGGAGGAGAAAAAGAAAAGGAUGGAGGAGGAGUCAGAUGAGACGAAGAAGAAGGAGGGUGUAGUAGCAGCACUGGCUGCUGCCAAAGACAAGUGGACACCACUGGGCUUCACAGUGACUGACCCUUGCACACUGGAAGAAGUCAGUAAGGAGCGAUUUGUGGGCACCAUCCUGAAGGCAAUUCCCAAAAAUCCUUGCAUGGCGGUCAAGAAAGAGGAGCCAGACAAGGGAGGGGGUGGAGCUUCUGAUGAUGGACAGAUUCUUCUCGACAAGGUGAAAAUGGAGAAAACGGAUAACAAGGAGGAGGAAGAAAAACCUGAAGCUGUGGAGAAAAAGGAGGUUAAGAAUGUCGAGGAAGUGAAGUAUAGUGAGGAACAGAAGGACUUAAAGAACAGUGAGGAGAAGCCUGUCGCAGUUGGAGGCAGAGGCAAAACAGACACUGAGAUUGGUCGACUGGUGAUGACCGUUGACGGUCAACAGAAGCAGCUUUUCUUUGGCCGUAAAGAUCUGCUAACCACCGCCACCAUGCUGGAUGGAGACAAGGUGCGUUUCAACAUUGCCACCAAUCCCGAGACCAAAGAGGAACGCGCAACCUACGUGGAAAUUCUCACGGACUCUUUUGAAGAGUCCACAGAACAGCGGAGACAUGGCAUUGUGAUUGAGUUCUCAGUUGUCUCAGGGCUCAUCAAGUGCACUCAGAACCCACAGCUGUUCUUCUACAUGUCAGAAGUGAUCGAGAAGAAGCCGCUCGAGUUAAAUGAAAAGGUGGAGUUCAGUGUUGUCCCGCAUGAGAUGGCAGAGGGCGGAGCCCAGGCCAUCAGAAUCAAACGUUUCACUGAAAAGGUUUUUCUUCCUGCCCGGAAACUUGGCAAAGCAGGGGUAAACAAAGGAAAGAUGACCAUAAAACUGACCAAACCUUCAGAUGACACUGGGAGGGAGAGUGAUAAGCUAAAAGCGGUAGUUAAAAGUCUUAGAGCCCAGGAAAGCAAACGGGACCACAGGUCUCCCCAACACAAAAGGAGUCAGAGCAGAAGCAGGAGCAGGAGCAGGAGUAGGAGCAGGAGCAGGAGCAGGAGUCGGAGUCCAAAACAAGACCAAUUUGGCCGAGUCAGAAGGAAACGCAGCCCCAGCCUCAACCGUGACCACAGGAGCAACAGGUACAGACGCAGUAGAGAGAGGCAGCACCGGCGUAGCAGAAGUCGAUCCAAAAGUCGAAGUAGGAGCUCCAGCAGAAGUCGCAGCAGGAGUCGAAGUAGGGACAGGUCGAAAAGGAGGACCAAAGAUUAUGUGGAGAGACAUAAAAGGAAGAGAGAGCCAAGUCCUUCUCACAGACGUGGAGUCUUUGAUGACGAACUGACGAGGAAGAAGCGUGAGUUGGAAGAGCUGAACGAGAUGAUCGCCUACAAAAAGUCUCUAGUGGAUGUAAAUCCCAGAGGACUGGAACCUGGGCAGAGGACCUGCAUUGAUUAUGACCAUGGCAGGAUUAACAUGCCUGUCCGAUCCAUCCUGAAGAAAAGACCUGAGGGACCUGAGUACCAACAUCCGACACCCUACAGUAAUCUUUACUAUGAUGCACCGUAUAGUCAGUACAAAGAUUGGCAGUUCAGCGACCGAUAUGGUGAUCCAUACACCCGCCUUCGUUACGACCGUCCUUAUGGUGAGCGACCAUAUGAUGAUCGUCCUCUUGAAGGUGCAUCGUAUGGUAAACCUCCUUAUGGUGGAGCCUCUCAGCCUGGUAGCAGUCGCUACACUGAUCGCUACGAUGUUUACGAUGACCCUUACGAAGACCGACCAUAUCAGGAUGUUGCUUAUCCUGCAAGAAUGUCGCAUUCUCCAGAUCCCCGUCAUCCAUCCCCUACAGCAGAGUCUGCUGCCACAACUAAACCUCAUUCUUCUGCUACUUCAUUUCCCCAAACCUAUGAACCUCCUUCUCUCUCUAAAUCUCCUCCUCGAAGCCCCUCUCCGGAACGAAAGCCGCAUCGUCUAUCCGCUCUAGAUGAAAAACCCCCUUUGGACCGUUUUCUGGAUAUGUUGAAUAAAAAAGACAAUCUUACAAAAAAAUUAGAACCGCCUGCUGUUACUGAUGACCUGUUGCCUCAUGAACGGGCGUUACAAGAAGGUGGAGGGUUUUCUUGCAUUCUGGGAUUGGCUCAAGAGCAACCAACUAGAGCUCAAGAAGAGGAAGAGAAAAAAAUCAGCCCCAAAGGUUCCUCUGUGGAAACAACAAGUGAUGAUCCUAAUAGCAACAAAGAACCCUAUGACAAGAUCCAGAGUUUGCUACGAUCAAUUGGCCUAAAGUUGAGCUCAGUAGACAUGUCUAAACUGGCGAGCCAGGCACAAGAAAAAAUAUACAGCCAGAAGUCCUCAUCCACAGAAAGAGAAACAUCUAUAAAAAGGGAACAUAAAAAGAGUAGAGCCGGUUCAUUUGAGUCUGAUAGCAUUCCUAACUCCUCUUCUACCAGGUCCUCUAGUGUAGACUCACUUGUGAAACCAAAAGCAUUCUCGGACUAUGAAGGGUUCCUGAACCAGCAGGAGCUGGAGACACUAAUGAAGGCACAGCAUCUUCAGAGUCUCACCAAAAAAAUGGAGGGUACCUCCCCUUGUGCCACAGUUCCAAAACCACCACCUGCUCAGUACGUUCAUCCACCCUCGUCUUUUAACUGGCCC